UCAAGGCAAAGGGGCUGGGCGGUCGAAGUUGGGACAAUUUACGGUGGUUUCUGCUGCUGGAUAGUCGACGACAAUAAGGAUAUGUAUACGGCUAGUAUGUGUAGAAACCUGUUUUUGUGUCCUUUAGCGGAGUAAGGAGGAUACAUAUGUCAACUAAUUUUCUACUUAAACGAGGAGUUUGAUGUAUUUCGCUUGAAAUUUGUAGCUUAACUAAAAAUACCCUCCCUUUUCGAACCGAGGAUGAUUUUUGCUAAUUCUGGAAACCCACUAAGGACUCCGUAUCGUAAACAGCCACACGUUGCCCCAUCGUCACACCCCAUGGCUCCACCCAGUCCGAGCACCAACAGCAGCACUAACAACAGCAGUAGCAGUAGCACUGCAGGCUGGGACCAGCUGAGCAAAACAAACCUCUACAUCCGAGGCCUGUCCCCUUCAACCACAGACCAUGACCUGGUCAAGCUCUGUCAGCCGUAUGGCAAAAUUGUAUCAACGAAGGCUAUUCUGGACAAGACUACAAACAAAUGUAAAGGAUAUGGCUUUGUGGACUUUGACAGCCCCGCUUCAGCUCAGAAGGCUGUGGCUGCCCUGAAGACUACUGGUGUCCAAGCUCAGAUGGCAAAGCAACAAGAACAAGACCCCACAAACUUGUAUAUCUCCAACUUGCCUUUGUCUGUGGAUGAGCAGGAGCUAGAGAAUAUGUUAAAGCACUUUGGCCAGGUCAUAUCCACACGCAUCCUGAGAGACUCCAGUGGAGCCAGCAGAGGUGUGGGCUUUGCCAGGAUGGAGUCAACUGAAAAAUGUGAUGCAGUCAUUUCUCACUUCAAUGGAAAGUAUAUUAAGACACCUGCAGGUGUUCCAGCACCCUCUGAACCCUUGCUGUGCAAGUUUGCUGAUGGAGGGCAGAAAAAGAGACAAAGUCAGAAUAAAUUCGCCCAGAAUGGUCGGGGUUGGGCAAGGGACGGUGACUCGAGACUGGCUGGAAUGACACUCACGUAUGACCCCAGUGCGGCUGCAAUGCAAAAUGGAUUUUUCCCACCAGCAUACAGCAUUUCAAACAGGAUGAUUGCUCAAACGUCCAUAUCUCCUUACAUGUCUCCGGUUUCAACAUACCAGGUGCAGAAUCCAUCCUGGGUGCCUCAUCAACAGUACAUCAUGCAGCACCCCGGUACCGUGAUAUCGCCCUCUAUGGACCCAUCUAUGUCACUGCAGCCUGCUUCAAUGAUGGCCCCCCUCACACAGCAGAUGAGUCACCUCUCUCUGGGUAGUGCAGGAACGUUUAUGGCCGCCAACACAGCUAUGCAAGGAGCAUAUAUCCCACAGUAUGCACACAUGCAGACCGCUCCUGUUCCUGUGGAGGAAAAUGGUGCACAGUCACAAGUGGACUCAUCCAGAAAUCAUUCCCCAUAUUCAUACCAACCAACCAAGUAGUGCUGAGGUAACAUUUGGACAACAGCUAAAACAAUCAUGUCUACAAAUGCAAUGGACGCUAAGGAUCUUUUCACUGUUUUUGCACAGGUUCUGCAAAUGUUUAAGUGAGACUAUUUUUGGUAUAAUUUUCAGAGAGAAUAUCUGAGUUCAUCCAAUGCUUCAAACUAUAUAAAAAAAAAAGUUUUGACAAAGUUUUAUUUUCAUACUAGAACGUUUAUUUUUUACCAAGGAUUGCUGCAGGAUACAAGGAAGAAUCAUGUGACUAGUUGUUCCAAGUGCAUGAUAGUCUUGAUAUGUCUUUUGUUAAUAUUUCCAAAUACUUUUUUUUUCCUGACGAUUUUUUUUUCAGCCAGACAUUUUGAAAAUGCCGUUUUUGUGCUUGCUGUGUGAGUGUUGCUAUGGUGAAGUAUUAACUGUCGUUUUCUUGUAAAGUGAUUUCUCCUAGUACUUUAGAUUGAUCUUGCUGUCUAAUUAAAAUUUGCCUUAAUAGUUUUGAUACAGUAGUUGUACAGACCACCACAGACAGUGGUAAUAAGCAAAAGCUGUCACCUUUGAAAUCAGCCACAUAGGACGAAAAAAAAAAGAAAUAAAAUAAAACCUGUGUUUUUGCUUUUUCCCUCCCAGGACUGCUAGAAAAGUAGAGGUAAUUUUAGAGAACAAUGUUUUGAAUGAAAUGACUCAACAUCUGAUGAUUUUAUUGGAUGUAAUAUUUAUUUAGUAAGAAGGCCCUACAUGUUUCUGGAUGUUGAAAUGGUGAAAUUCUGUUGAAAGAUAACCUUUUGAAUCUUGCCUUUUUGAAUACUUGGUAUUGUAGAGUAGCUGAAAUUGAUCUUGGUGGGUUAGGGGAAAGGGAGGGGACUAAUGUAUUUUAUUUGUUUGUCAUGCUUUUGUCUUUUUGGAUGAUGUAAAUUGUUAUUUUGAUGGGGGUGUGUCUUUUUCACUUUUAUUUGAAAAACUAAGAGGAAAACAUGAACUCAUGAUUGUGAAAAAAAAAACAACUCAUCACAGCCUUGUAAUAGAACUGAGUUGGGGGGUAAAAUGAGAUGAGAUGAAUAUGUGUAUUUAAUUGCACCUCACUCUUUGAUAAGAAACAAACAAACUUGGCACUUUCAAUUGUAGUUUAUUUCACCAAAGAUUGUGUGCUAGUACAGUGAGGGAAUAGCAUCAUUUGUCUCUUUAACCAAGACAUAAGUGACUCUGCAAACUAAAUUGCAGUUUGGACAGUGUGCCUUUUUUGUACAUUUGCAUUCAGUUUUCAUAGGUGUUAGUACAGUACAAACACACACAAGCAUGAAGGAAGGCCUGGAUCCAACAAGUGCCACAGAUGAAUUCAUACUUACAUGCACCAUUAUAGUAAAUAUUAAGUUUAAAAGAAAACAAUUGAAACAAUGAACAGAUGGUGCUAUGAUUGCAAUCUGAUAGGACAUAGCACUAAA